AUGUCAAUGAUUGAAGGUACUGAUACAUCACAAGGUAUUCCACAAUUGAUUAGUAAUAUAAAUGCAUGUUGCGCGAUUGUAGAUACAGUUCGUACUACCUUGGGACCAAGAGGUAUGGACAAGUUGGUAUAUCAAAGCGAAAGAGAAGUGACGAUUUCAAACGAUGGUGCUACAGUGAUGAGAUUGUUGGACAUUGUACACCCAGCAGCAAAGACAUUGGUCGAUAUUGCACGUUCACAAGAUUCAGAGGUUGGUGAUGGAACAACAUCGGUGGUCGUGAUGGCCGGCGAGUUUUUAAAGGCUGCCAAGCCAUUCAUCGAAGAGGGCAUCCACCCACAGAUCAUUAUUCGUGCCUACCGUUCGGCAUGCGAGCUUGCAAAGCAAAAGAUCAGGGAUCUUUCAAUCGUCAUCAAGCAAGAAAACAUGAGAGAGUUUCUCGAAAAGUGCGCUGCCACUGCCAUGAACAGCAAGUUGAUUGCAUCGCACAAGGAAUUUUUCUCAAAGAUGGUAGUCGACGCUGUCCAAUUGUUGGACGACAGCAUCGAGCUCGAUAUGAUUGGCAUCAAGAAGGAGUCGGGUGGUGGUAUGGAAGACUCGAUCUUUAUUGCUGGUGCCGCUUUCAAGCGUACCUUUUUCUAUGCUGGUUUCGAGCAACAACCAAAGCACAUUGUCAACCCCAAGAUCCUCUGUCUCAACCACGAGCUUGAGCUCAAGGCCGAGAAGGACAAUGCCGAGAUCCGUAUCUCUGACCCCUCCAAAUACCAAGCAUUGGUCAACGCCGAGUGGAAGUUGUUCUUCGACAAGCUCGAAGCCAUCCACGCCUCUGGCGCCAACGUCAUCUUGUCGCGUCUCGCAAUUGGUGAUCUUGCCACCCAAUACUUUGCCGACAAGAAGAUGUUUUGUGCCGGUCGUGUCCCAGAAGACGAUCUCCGUCGUGUCUGCCGUGCCACCGGUGCCGCCAUCCAAACCACCGUCAGCAACAUUAUCCCCGAGAUCAUUGGUCACUGCGGUCUCUUUGAAGAGAAGCAAGUCGGUUCAAGCCGUUACAACCUCUUCACUGGUGCCACCAAGACCCAAACAGCCACCAUCAUUCUCCGUGGUGGCGGUGACCAGUUCAUCGACGAAGCCGAGCGUUCUCUCCACGACUCUAUCAUGAUUGUUCGUCGUGCCCGCAAGCACAGCUCAGUCGUUGCCGGUGGUGGUUCGACCGAGAUGGAAUUGAGCAAAUACCUCAGAGACUACUCGUUGGGUAUCGAAGGAAAGCAACAAUUGUUGAUUGGAUCAUACGCAAAGGCUCUCGAAGUCAUCCCACGUCAAAUUUCAGACAAUGCCGGCUUCGACUCGACCGACAUUCUCAAUCAACUCCGUCAAAAGCAUUCACAACCAGGAGGCCAAUGGUUUGGUGUCGAUAUUGCCAACGAAGGCAUCUGCGACACUUACCAAUCUGCCGUCUGGGAACCAACCUUGGUCAAGCUCAACAGUAUCACUGCCGCUACCGAGGCCACUUGCCUCAUUCUCUCGGUCGACGAAACCGUUUCCAACCAACAACAAGCUGAGCAACAACAAGCUGGUCCACAAAUUGACCCAAGAACUCGUCAAGCUUUAGGACGUGGUGGUGCUGUUAGAGCCAUGAAGGGACGUUAA